UGUCAGUUGCGGAAGGACGUGAUUCUGUCGUCGUUUUUGCCGUCGCCGUGCGUUUAGAUUCGUUUUUGCCGUGGAUCGCCGACGCGAGUUAGUUAAUUCAGUGAUACGAUACGACAACGGGAGUGGUUCGGAGUAGUUUUUUUGUUGGUACUGUCGUCUGUUGGCCCCCUCGGCCCUGCCUCCUCCUUGUCGCAGUUCGACCCAGGUGCAUCCAUCGGAGGACCUCCGCCCUCGAUCCCCCGCAGGGACAACCGGGCACCGACCUACAGGAUAACGAGUGUGUGGGUGGGUCUUCCGUUAGUGUACAGUACAUGGACUCCAUGUCUGUUUAGAAGUGAAUCUCUCUCUCCCGGCGAGUUAGUGAACAUUUUAAAUGACUACCAACUACUGGGUAGUCCCGGAGUGUCCCUCGGACUGCAGUUCAGUUAGUGCGCGACAUUAGAUUUAGUUGCAGUCGUAACGCGAACCUAGUACCUAGAACCUAUCGACUAACCAACCAAACCGGGAACCGAAUCAAUCGAAUCGACACUCCAAUGAUCCAAUGGACUGUACUUAAGUAGUGAUAUGCAUUCGAGUAUGAUCCAAUGUGUGAUUAGUGACUAAAGAACAAACGAGCUUAUACCAGUGUACUUUCUGUCGCCCAAUAGCGACUCAAUAAAAAUCAACGAUUCGAAUGUGAUUGUGAACCUGUGUUAAACAUCAACCCAACUAAAAUUUAAACGCCCGGUCAAACUAAAACCAGUGAUAACGUUUCCCCAAAAGGAUCAAAUCCAGAUGAAAGUGACCCGGAUUUGGAAACUUAAAAGUAUUCUUAGCAGCAGUUCAGUAGCCCGCGUAGAACCGUACCAUGGAUAAUCCGAGCUAUGGUUCGUCGCACAUGUCAUCGCCGGCGCUCGUAGUGUUUUCCCAGGCCGCGAACGGAUUAAGUGACGCGCUCCGGAUCCAGAGACCGUUUCAUUCACAACUCCCAGACGCCAAGGACCUGCACCAUCUAUCGCUAAUGAGUGGCUACGGAGCCCAUCUGCUGCACGGCUUCCAGCCUCACUUCCUGCACCCGCUCAAUCCGGCCGUUUCGACUGCAAAUGGAACCAGUCCGUUCGGAUCCGGCGGGGCCUUCGUUAAACCGUUUCCCUCCAACCUGCCGCUGCCAUCUGCCUUCGCACCGCCGAAAUGUCUCGGCUUCGGAAUCGACCAAAAUAUCUUUUCCAAGGGUUUGCUGUUCGGCAGCGGAAGUACCGGUUCCGAGUCGUUCCGGACCUCGGAUUCGUCGAGUCCGGCCUGUGCCUCCCUUUCGCCGCCGGCCAAGGAUGAAUCGAUGGAGGGCCAAACGAGCGAGGAGGGAGAUCGGGACCGGGACCGGAUAUGCAGCCCGGAGCGGAGUCCCGAGACGCCUGGCUUUAGACGUAGAUGCCUAAAAAUGCUGCUCGAUUCCCACAACUUUAUGUUACAAGGAAUCGGUCCACCGAAGAAAACCUUCGUCGACACCCCACCACCGAAUGCGUGUCCCAUCUGUGGCAUCCAGAUUGCACCGAGUGACCUAGAGACCCACUUUUCGGCCGAACUCAGUCGGCUUUCGAAGAUGAGCUCGGCCCCGGAACGGAUGGAAAUCCGCCGGUCCCUCAGCGUCGAUUUACACGCCAUGCAGAGUACCGCCCUCCAGGGCCGAAGCAGCAGGUGGGAGACGUUCAAAAAUAUUCGCAACAAGCGGCAGGAUCGGCUGCGGGGCAAGCUACGGAAGCGGAAGUUCGACGGCGAGGAUGGCUUCGGGCUGCAUCUCGGUGCCGUCAACUGCCAAUCAUGCCCGGUUUGUCACAACCGGUUGCAGCGCACCCAGGAGGAAAUCGCUCAACAUAUCGAGGACUGUGUGAGGAAGCAACAGCAGCAUCACCACCACCAUCAGCAACAGCAACAACAGCAGCAGCAGCAGCAGCAGCAGCAACAACAACAACAGCAACACCAAAGCAGCCAAUCGUCAACGCAAGACGAAGACGAAACAGUGGACGUCGAAAGCUAUGGAGAUGAAACCUCGAACGGCGCCAUCAACAUGACCUCCUCCAACGUCAUCCACCACACUAAUAAUGGUAUGCACAACAAUAACAAUAACAACAACAACACCCCCUUGAAACCGGAUCCUCCGCUAGGUGGCAAGAUUCCUCCGAUGGAAGAAAGUGCCAUCACCUCGCUGAGUUCGAUUGUACCACACUGGGAUCGGAAAACACGGAUAAACCUUCCGCUUAACUGUACAGCCACCUCCGAGCACAAUUCGGUGACCCGUGUAACACCGACGAGCAGCGAUCAACGGAUAGAUGUCGACUACGAACAGGACCAUAGCCAGGACAUGGUCACCGACAACGAUGAAGAGGUCAUCGUGGACAACACCGACGAAGAGGAGUGUCACAAACGAUCGCGACCGAUGCUAACGACCCUAGGAAUGCAUCAUCCCGGGGUUGUGCCCAUGAACUGCCCCAGGGACGAAAAGAACAGACGAAAUUUUCAACCCAACAGCACCGAAGAGGCCACUUCUUCGGUUGAGAUUGACUCCGUUUCACCGGAUUCGAUGCCGAUUCGAACGGCCGGAACGACUCCUAAUUCAGACUCUUACGUGAGCACCUCGGCAGAAUCGUCGGCCGAACCCUCUUCCAAGGCUCAGGUUCUGGAAGAGCUGAAGGCUCGGAUACGAGAGCUCGAAGGUUCACCGCACUACAAAUGUUUUAUAUGUAAGGAAAAGUGUAAAACGCUAAUCAUUUCGAAGAUUUGCGGCCAUUACUUGUGCGAGGAUUGUUGGAUUACUGAAUCGGAAUCCUCCAAAUCAUGCCCCCGUUGCAAGAUUGUCACCUCGAAUUCGGACUUUAGAAAAAUUCAUGCCUAGUUUCGGUACACUUAAAUGCAUUUGAACAGAACGAGUCGAUUUAUUUAUUUGUCUUAGAUUAUUUAUUAUUUUCUACCAUUGAAAACUUUAUAUCGAACAGAUUAGAAAAUAAAGUUCAUCUUCAAACAUAAACGUACGAGAAUUAAAUGUCGAUCCCAAAGCUUUUUUGCGUAAUGUUUAAAUUUAAUCUAAUUUUAAAUAUUGUAAAUAAAAACCCAAAAUGUUGAACAGAUUGUUAGGUGCAAUAAUUGUUUCGUUUUCCGAGAUUGUUCAUUUCGAUGAUCACACUGGAAUCCAAUAAUAUAAAUAAAAAAAAUACAAUAAACUUAUCCCAGUGAUAAAAACCAAUUUUUUCAAGGCUACGAUUUGAGACACUAACGUAAAAUAUCAAUCACUUUAAAAAAGUAAUCAAUCGAGGAAAAAAAGAUAGUCCUUCCCAGCAAAGGCUUACGUGUUAUCCAGAAUUCAGAAAACAAGAAAAAACCUUGUAAUAAGCGUCACUAGAUAAUUCGAUUAUGAUUCAAUAAUAUGCUGUUGUGUACAUUGCAAACUUACUAUUGGAAUAGGAAGUGUAAACUAAGGCAAAAUAGAUCAAUGAUAUUCUUACCUUAAAACUUCUACAACUUUUUCACAUUCAGUCCAGCCAGCCAGCAGAUCAAAACCAAGCAUGUCUAGCGCAAACUACAAUCUGAAAUUAAAUAUUGAAAAUUCGAAUUAUCAUAAGCUAACUAGAGGCCGAGGAAACAUAAAAAAAAUCUGUUUAUGUCAAAUUUCUCAGAAGUAAAUCAACAAAAGAUGAUCAAUAAAACUAUGUGAUUGAAUAUAAA